AUGACGGGGGCGGGGGGCGGGCGCCAGGGGGCGGCGGCGGCGGGCCAGGCCCUCCCCGUGCUUCUCCGCCCCUUCCCGCCCCGCCCACGGCCCUCCUCCUGGCAGCCCAGCAACAAGCCGCCACCGCCCCCACCCCGGGGCGGGCAGAAGCGCAGCAACUCCGCGGUGCUCCCGGAAGACACCGCGUCUCCAACAUUUACACGGAGAUGCUGCUCGGCUCAGGUCGGGUCCGUACGCUUCCCGAGGUGCGUACUACGCGAGCCACACACAUCACUACCGAUAUUCCUGGGAAAGUCGGUGCCACAGUUCCGACCUGAAUCCGAAAGUGCUUCUAAAUCCCACGCUUCACAGAACGUUCGGAGGGGGAGGCGCUCCAUGGGGGCUGCUGCGUGCCCAUGUAGCCGAACUGACUCGAAUAAAAGCGUGUCCACGUCUACAUCACACAUCUGUGUAAAUGCAGAAGCCUGCGGAUGCGCGGGGCUGGCCAGACUUCACAGUGUGCAGACACAUGGACUCAUGCACGCGCGCGCGCUCACACACUCACACCCCAAAUUACCUCCGGGAUGGAGAAAGCCGCUGCGGAUUGGCCAGCAGAGCCGUCACUCACGCCCAGGGGGCAGGGAGACUUCGCAAAGCUGUUUCCUUUUUUUUUUUUUCCUCCUCUCCUCCCUACCGUUUCAUUUAAUGGUAAAACAACAGCAGAGCUCUGAAAGUUAG